CGUGGAGGGGCGGGGGCGGGAGGGUGCCAGCGGCCACAGGCGGGGGCCACGGUUUCCCAGGCCACGGCUCCCAGGCCUCCGGCCCAGGAUGCGCCCUUCCUGGUCAGGCCGGGGUCCCGGGUCCCAGCCCGGGAGUUGUUGGCUCCUCCCCCGAGGCCGGCGGCCCCUCCCCCCGAGCCAUGGUGGCCGGCCCGCGGGCGCCAAGUCCUAGCCCGGAGUCCCCGGAGACCGCGUCCUGCUGCCGGAAGCCCGAGGAACCCGCGUCGCCGGACCCCUCGGAGCAGUCCCAGCUCUCGCCGCCGCCCGCCAGCGCCGCGCCGGUGAGGCCGCCGCUGCGCCUGCUCUGGUGGGGCGGGAUGGCGGCCUCCGAGUGGCUGGGGGCCGGCCUGGCCCGGGUGCUCUUCUACCCGACGCUGCUCUACACGGUGUUCCGCGGCAAGAUACCAGGCCGGGCGCACCGCGACUGGUACCACCGCAUCGACUCCACGGUGCUGCUGGGCGCGCUGCCGCUGCGGAGCAUGACGCUCCAGCUGGUCCGGGACGAGAACGUGCGCGCGGUGAUCACCAUGAACGAGGAGUAUGAGACGAGGUUCCUGUGCAACUCGUCGGCGGAGUGGCAGAAAUUUGGGGUCGAGCAGCUGCGGCUGAGCACAGUUGAUAUGACGGGCAUCCCCACGUUGGCUAACCUCCAGAAAGGCGUCCAGUUUGCUCUGAAAUACCAGGCGCUGGGCCAGUGUGUCUACGUGCAUUGCAAGGCAGGCCGUUCCAGAAGUGCCACCAUGGUGGCAGCGUAUCUGAUUCAGGUCCACAACUGGAGUCCAGAAGAGGCUGUGAGAGCCAUCACCAAGAUCCGGCCACAUGUCCACAUCAGAUCUGGCCAGUUCCAAGUUCUCAAAGAGUUCCACAAGAUCACUUCAGAGGCAGCAAAUCCCGAGACUGUGAGACAACAAUGACACAAAGUAGAUGGGUUAGAAGGGAUUCAAGACAGCUCUGCUGGACACAGAAUAAAAAUUUAAUAGGACUGAAGU